GCUGAGAGUCUCCAGACUGACAGACACGUGAAAGCCUUACUAAACCUGGGGGAGGUGUAUGCCGUGCAGGAGCACCAGGGAAGCCUGCGCUCCGCCAAGAUAACCAUACGGCAAGGAAUGAUCUACCUCCACCACCUCCAGCCCUACCCCCCUCCAAGUCAUGCCUACACUCUCCCUCACAAUAAGGUCAUAGGUCUCCUUGAGCCCUCUUCCACCUUGGCCUUCCUGGACUUGGCUUGGCCGGGAAUGCCGUGCCAGAGACUGCACAUCCGUAUGGGCGCCAACAACCUGUGGAGCACACAGUUUGUCCUCCUGUGCACGGGUGAAUGGGGGCCGACCUAUGCCAACACAAAGAUCCUGGAGGUAGAACGCAAAGAAAAGCCUGGAGAAUGUUUGGUUGGAGGCGAUUAUGAAAACAACAAUGGCAGUGGUGGGUCUUCCAUCAUGUCCGAACUGGAGCGGGAUGGGCACAGCUGGCUGCCCGACACCACUGGGGCAGUUGUAGCCAGAUGGGGCAAUGACAACCACCGUGGGGCACAGUUUGGCAUCAGGACCAGAGACUACACUGUGCUGACAGUCCCUACUGCUAUUGGCUUUGUGGAAAGUGGCAUGGACAUUUUGAAAGCUGCAAUAAGUCUGCCUGAUAUAAACAGUGUGACUAUAGUCGACUGUGGUGUAGUUAUUCCCCGCUGACCCAGCUUGACUGUAUCUUCCUGAUGCGACCGUCACAGACAUAAUUGCAGUAGAUAAUGUUCAAAGUACGCUGAAUCCUAAAAUGUACAAGUGUUUACCAAACCCCAUCACUGUCAUUGCAUAUAUUCUCAGUAAUGUGAUACAUCAUUAUGGGUUUGCAUUUAUAAUGGUAACAAAUCAUUCUAUACUCUUGUUGAUUAAGAUAAAUUUUAUAUAGCCUAUUUUUUUAACUUUAAGGUUGAAUUUUGAAUGUCCCAGUUGUAAUUUAAAGAAAUGAUAUGUACUUGUAGAUCCUGGUGAUAUGUAGGAGGAGAGUGUGUUCAGAUUUUGAUGUAAAAGUAUAUUGAAAUUAAUUCAGUUUCAUAGACUCCAAAUCAUGUUUAUUGUGAGGUGUAUAGUGAAAAUCAAAAUCUAAUUUUCUUACUUAUUUUGUAGUUGAACAAAUACUAAUGUAAAAUACUGAGCAUUUAUUAAUCAUUUUCAUCAUUUGUCAUAUUACCACAUAUUGCAACAGUUUUGUCAUCAUAAAUGUAUAUAAGAAUUCACUUAAAUCAUUAUUAACGAGGCGAGGAGGAAUGAACGUCCUGCUUUUAUGUCAAGAUCUCUUCCUCUGCCUGCAGUUGAGACAAGGCUUUGAAUCUUUAUGGACAGUUCAGUGGUUUAGGCAUAUUUAAGAAAUGAUCACUCAUUUUGUCAAAGAAAAUGGAAAUCUCCUCAAAAAAGUGGCUUGGGGUCUUUUAAGAAAGUAAGUUAUAGUAUAGCCAUUAUCAUUAGCUUGCUCUGUUGGGAUUUCAUAGGACACAUCAUCAUGAAGUUAUGAAGUGUAUCAUGGAAUGAGUGCAAUUGUAGUUCAGAUAGGAUGAUUAUUAAUUACCUAUUACAGUAUAUUAGCAUGUAGUACAA